AUGUUGUUGCAGCCCUCGCACUUGGUCACCUCGGGCGGCGGCGACGACGGCAAGGAGGGUGGCGGGGUGACCAAGUGCGAGGGCUGCAACAACAUCAAUGGGCCAGACGAGUGCUGGAACACCUGCGGCGACGCAGCCGGGCUCUGCUCCAAAUGCGACGGCACGCUGGGCACACCGGGGGCAUGCUGCCAAAAAGGGGAGGCCGACGAUCCUCCCGAAUGCUCGUGGGUGACCAAGUGCGAGGGCUGCAACAACAUUAAUGGGCCAGGCGAGUGCUGGAACACCUGCGGCGACGCAGCCGGGCUCUGCUCCAAAUGCGACGGCACGCUGGGCACACCGGGGGCAUGCUGCCAAAACGGGAAGUCCGACGAUCCUCCCGAAUGCCUGUGGGUGCCCAACACCAGCUAUUUGUACGAUGGCUACCAUACGUGCGUGCUGCUCCCACCUGGACCGCCCUCGCUGCCGCCGCCCUCGCUGCCGCCGCCCUCGCUGCCGCCGCCCCCGCCGCCCCCGCCGCCGCCACCGACGUCUCCGCCCGCGCCGCCUUGUGGGCCGGGCUACGGGCAAGUCGCGGGCGAUGUCGCCAACGCCGGUGCAAUCAACGGCGUCGGCAACAACAUGGCGAUCACCGGCUGCGACGUGUGCUCCGACGCUUGCGACAACGAGCCGUUGUGUAUGUCGUACGAGUGCAGCGCGGUGCAGCUCCUGUGCAACCUCAACACGCAGACCUGGCCCGACGGGUACCCGAGCUCGAACGCGGACUACGAGGACUUCGCCUUCUGCGUCAAGCUUCAGCCGCCGCCGCCCUCGCCCCCGCCCUCGCUCCCGCCGCCGCCACCGACGUCUCCGCCCGCGCCGCCUUGUGGGCCGGGCUACGGGCAAGUCGCGGGCGAUGUCGCCAACGCCGGUGCAAUCAACGGCGUCGGCAACAACAUGGCGAUCACCGGCUGCGACGUGUGCUCCGACGCUUGCGACAACGAGCCGUUGUGUAUGUCGUACGAGUGCAGCGCGAAGAACGACCGGAGGGGGACCAAGUCGGAGAGCAGGAACAACAUCAAUGGGCCAGAGAGUGCGAGAAACACCUAG